AUGCUCAAAUCGUUCGCUACCUUCCUCACCUUGGCGACUCUCGCCCUGGGCAAAACCGUUACCUAUAACUGGAGCAUCGAUUGGGUAACUGCUUCGCCGGAUAACUUCACCAGACAAGUCAUUGGCAUCAAUGGCAAGUUCCCCUUGCCCAUCCUUGAGGCGACAGUCGGCGACAAUGUUAUUGUUAAUGUGUACAAUAACCUCGGAACGGAAUCAACAUCUCUCCAUUUCCACGGGAUCGACCAGCCUGGCACUCAAUUUGCAGAUGGGCCAUCGGGAGUUACACAAUGCCCAAUUCCACCUGGAAGGUCGCUCAAAUACGACUUCAUUGUCGAUAGACCAGGAACCUACUGGUACCAUAGCCAUAACAAAGGGCAAUAUCCCGACGGACUGAGAGGCCCUUUAAUUAUUCACGAUCCCAGUGACCCAUACGCUGGUCAAUAUGACGAAGAGAUCGUGCUCACGGUAUCUGACUGGUAUCAUGCCUCCGUACCGGAAUUAAUUUCGAAAUUGUUGACAACAAGCAACGUGCGAGCUAUGCCUCCAUUCCCUGACGCCUUGCUGGUAAAUGAUACAACCACUGCAACAUUCAAGUUCGACGUUUCGAAAACAUACAAGAUCGAUAUAAUAAGCAUGGCCGCAUUCGCAUCGGUCUUUAUCCAAUUUGACUCCCACCCAAUGAACAUCAUAGCAGUUGAUGGAAGCUAUACCGUGAAGAAAGAAGCCUACCAGAUCCGAUUAAGCCCUGCUCAGAGAUACACGGUACUUCUUAAGGCACAGAGUUCCACGAGGAGAAACUAUGCUUUCUUGGCUUCACUUGACCAGAACCGAGACUUCACCGACACUUCUGUGACGCCGGUGUGGCCGCUCAAUGUUACCGGUAACAUCAUCUAUGACUCUGCCAAAGCAAUUGCACCAACAUACGUUGUUCCCAAAUGGAAACCUUUUGACGAUGCCACAUUGGUAGCUCUGGAUGGGCAGGCAUUGCUGGGGCCCCGAGCGAAGGUUGACAAGGAGAUCACGCUGGACUUCGAUUUCCAGCUGGACGCAGCUGGGAUACCAAGAGCCUACUUCAACAACAUCACCUAUAUCGCCCAGAAGGUGCCUACCUUAUUCUCGGUCAUCAGCACCGGUCUUUCGAACACAAACCCCGCUAUCUACGGCGCAGUCAACCCGUUCAUAGUAAACAAGGGCGAUAUUGUCCAGAUUACUGUCAACAAUAUUGACGGAGCUAUCCAUCCUUUCCAUUUGCACGGCCAUCAGUUCCAGGUGGUGGAAAGACCCGCGAGCGGCAAGGGCAAGUACAUAGGCAAAGGCAGAAACUUCCCCUCGGUCCCCAUGAAGCGCGACACGUUUGCCGUGAAUGCCAACAGCUACGCCGUGAUUCGCUUUCAGGCAAGCAACCCAGGUGUGUGGCUAUUCCACUGCCACAUAGAAUGGCAUGUCAUCAUGGGGUUGACGGCAACGAUUAUCGAAGCUCCGGACUAUCUUCGUGGCUUUCCAAUACCUGCGGAUCACAAGGCCAACUGUGAUGCGCAAGGGAUACCCACCUCGGGCAACGCCGCAGGUAAUACAGGAAACUUCACCAAUCUGGCUGGUGCCAACACUAUUCCCGAGUUCCCAGACCGGGGUGCUACAUUCCCGAAGCGAAUGGUCAAAGCUUCAAAGGCAUUCGCCCGCUCUCCUCCGUAUCCCAUGAACAUACCCAGGGGUCUACUGCGUUAUAAACUUGACGGAUUGACUUUGAAUUCUUGCCUGGUUGACGAUGAAGGUGAGUUGAGGAGGCGAGCUGGUCUGAGCAGUUGCAGCAGUUAUCCUGGCGCAACGCAAAUCUACGAGACAAGUUUGUCACAACGUCUUGAUAUGAAAUCUCCCAAACUCCAAAAUAACCAAGCGUAUCCUGAAUCAUCGCCUACCGAGGAACUCAUCGAAGCCGUUAUUUCGCCCGUUGGUCAAGGAGUGGAAGAAAGCUUGUCUUGGGACUUGAACAGUCAUGAACAAAGCUCGAAGGUUUGGAAACAAAAUGCAUGGAUAUCACGUCGUCCAGGUUGUCUCCUGCUGGCAACGUGCGCGCCUGCCGUCCCUUCCAUCAAACAAGCCAUUCAGUAUUCAUUACUGGUGUUACAAUCUACGUCCGUUUUGAUGGGGCUCAAGCUGAUGAUGCGCGGGAAGCGAGCAUCAGUCAGACUAUCAUUUUCAACACAUUAUGCGACGGUCUUAUAUAGAUUCAAAGGCACCUCCAGGAAAUCUUCUUCUGCAUCUGCGAUCAUUCUGACUACUACGAUCAUUCUGAUUAUCACGACCACUCUAAUUAUCACGGCCAAUCUGAUUACUACAACCAUUCUGACCCUCACAACUAUUCUGAUUAUUACGACUACAUUAGAGAAAAUGGCUUUCCUUCUUUUCGGUGAUCAGUCUCUGGGCGUCCACGGCUUCUUGGCGGACUUCUAUCAGUAUGGCAAUCCCAGCGUGUUGACCAUUUCAUUUCUAGAUCAAGUUGGAGCCGCUCUUCGCGAAGAGGUAGAUCGAUUGUCGACCAUCGAGCGUCAAAGAGUGCCUACUUUCUCAAGCAUCAAGGACUUGAACGAGAAUUAUCAGGCCAAGAAGAUCAAGAAUUCGGCCGUGGAUAGUGCUUUACUUUGCAUUACCCAGCUAGCCCACUAUAUCGACCGGACUGAAAAGGUUCCUGAAGAUAUUACAAACCCAACAGAAACAGUCCUCGUAGGGCUAUGCACCGGGCUUUUUGCAGCAGCAGCGAUCUCAUCUUCACAGUCUCUGUCGACUCUUAUCCCCAUCGCGGUGCAGGUCUCUUUGAUGGCAUUCCGAGCCGGAGCCUACGUUACUGCUAUGGCCGAGCGUCUCCACCAGAACAUCGACUCAUCAGAUCCAUGGACCUAUGUUUUACCUACCAUUGGAGAGAAGGAGACAAAAUCCAUCAUCGAUUCUUUCCACAAUGAUGCUGGCAUCCCUUCGGCCAAUCACGUGUACAUUAGCGCGAUUACCAACAGCAGUAUCGCUGUGAGUGGCCCUCCAGCCAGCCUUAAACUGCUUUUUGGCUUUCACAACUUCGAAGCGAAGCCUAUACCUAUUCCCGUCCACGGUCCUUACCAUGCCGCCCACCUCCAUUCGGUUUUCGAUAGCGAUAAAAUCCUUCGGCUCGGGGAUCUCAAUGUGCAGGGAGUCCUGGGACAUGCAAAGCCCAGAUACCCCGUGAUGUGCUGUAGAACCGGGGACUGUUAUUCAGAAGAGACAACUAUCUCUCUGAUCCAAACCAUCAUGAAGGAUAUCUUGACCGAACCACUUCAGUUCCAGAAAGUGAUUCACGGUUGCGUUCAGAAGGCGCAAGAUUACCGAGGGACUAGUUGCCUGGUCAUACCUUUCGGCCCAACCAAAGCUGCCAAUAGCCUGGCAACCACACUGAAGGCUCAAACAAGCCUCGACAUCAUCCUGAGAAGAUCCCCAACCACAUCUACACGACCAGAACAGGUCUCUAAUAACUUCGCUAAUGGAUCGAACGGACGAUGUAAGCUUGCCAUUGUCGGCAUGGCCGGGCGCUUUCCCGAUGCUGCAAGCCACGAAAAGCUGUGGGAGCUCUUGGAGAAAGGUCUCGAUGUUCACAGAGAGGUCCCGAAGGAUCGCUUUGAUGCCAAGACACACACAGAUCCCACGGGCAAGACGAGGAACACCAGUCACACCCCGUAUGGCUGCUGGAUUGAAAAUCCAGGUCUCUUCGACCCCAGAUUCUUCAACAUGUCUCCCAGAGAGGCCUUCCAAACCGAUCCUAUGCAACGCUUGUCACUAGUAACGGCAUUCGAGGCACUGGAGAUGGCUGGCUACGUCCCCAAUCGGACCCGGUCUACAAAGCUGGACCGCAUCGGAACGUUCUACGGUCAGACAUCCGAUGACUGGAGAGAGAUCAAUGCUGCUCAGAAGGUUGAUACCUACUUCAUUACCGGCGGUGUCCGCGCUUUCGGUCCAGGGCGUAUCAAUUACCACUUCGGAUUCUCGGGUCCUUCCUUCAGCAUCGACACUGCUUGUUCUUCGAGUGCCGCAGGAAUGCAACUCGCCUGCACAUCGCUGUGGGCUGGAGAUUGCGACACCGCGAUAGUGGGUGGCAUGUCUUGCAUGACCAAUUCGGAUAUUUUCGCUGGUCUGAGUAGGGGUCAAUUCCUCUCCAAGACAGGCCCAUGUGCUACAUUUGAUAACGACGCGGAUGGCUACUGCCGAGCAGACGCUGUUGGUACUGUUAUCGUCAAGAGACUGGAGGACGCACUGGCGGACAAGGACAAUGUCCUCGCUGUCAUCUUGGGUACGGCAACCAACCAUUCGGCCGAUGCUAUUUCCAUAACUCACCCUCACGGUGGGACCCAAGAGGUACUCUACCGGAGUAUCCUUGCUAAAGCUGGCGUCGAUCCUCUCGAUGUCGACUACGUCGAAAUGCACGGAACUGGCACCCAGGCAGGAGAUGGAACCGAGAUGCGAUCAGUCACCAAUGUUUUCGCUCCCGCCGAUCGCAAGAGAACAGCUGAACAACCAUUGUACCUUGGUGCUGUUAAGGCUAACGUAGGACAUGGUGAAGCAGCUUCUGGUGUCACAGCCCUAAUUAAGGUGCUCAUGAUGCUUCAAAAGAAUGCCAUCCCUCCCCACGUUGGUAUCAAGAACACUAUCAACAAGGGCUUUCCUUCCGAUCUUGCUGAGCGAAAUGUUCACAUUGCGUUCCAUAAGACACCACUUCGCAAGCGAACAAAUGCGCCCCGUCGUAUCUUUGUCAACAACUUCAGUGCCGCUGGUGGCAAUACCGGGUUACUUCUUGAGGAGGCACCGACUCUCAAGAGAGCAGUUGUUGAUCCACGAUCGACCCAUGUUAUCACUGUCACUGCGAAAUCCAAGUCUGCGAUGCUCAGAAAUGCUCAGAACUUAAUCUCCUACCUUACUGAGCACCCUACGACUUCCCUCGCCGACGUCGCGUAUUCGACUACCGCUCGACGGAUCCAGCACAACUGGCGUAUGUCAAUUACUGCGACUGACAUUUCAGAAGUCUCUGCACUCCUCGGAUCCAAGCUUGUGGAAAACUUUGUGCCUGUUCUACCUGAACCUCCAAAGGUCGCCUUCCUGUUCACCGGACAAGGAUCGCACUACGCCGCCAUGGGCAAGGAACUGUACACCACAUCUACCCUCUUCAGAGAUACCAUAGAUGAGUUUGAUAAGAUUGCGAUCAUACACGGCUUCCCAUCUUUCCUUCCUUUGAUAGACGGAAAUGCAGCAGAUGUCCAGACUUUAUCGCCUGUUGUUGUACAAAUCGGAAUUGUCUGUCUCGAGAUAGCAAUGGCCAAACUUUGGGACUCUUGGGGAAUCAAGCCUGCGGUUGUGAUGGGUCACAGCUUAGGAGAAUACGCAGCCCUUCACGUUGCCGGAAUUCUCUCUGCGAGCGAUACCAUCUAUCUCGUUGGAAGCAGAGCCGAGCUCUUAGUUCGCAAGUGCACUCCUGGCACUCAUGUUAUGCUCGCAGUUCAAGGAUCUCUUGCAACUGUUAAAGAGGCUCUCGGUGUCCAAGCCGAAUCAGUCAAUGUUGCUUGCAUCAACAGUAGCCGCGAGACGGUACUGAGUGGCGAAGCUGGUGAGAUGACCCAGGUCCAAGAUCUCCUCACCAACUCCGGUUACAAGUGCACUCAACUCAAGGUGCCAUUUGCUUUCCACUCGGCUCAAGUCGAUCCAAUUCUGGAUGAGUUCCAAAAGGUUGCGGAGUCGGUAAACUUCGGCAAGGAGACCAUCCCGCUCAUCUCUUCGGUGCUUGGUAGAAUGUUGAACGAGCCUGAGAAGAUCGACGCCGUCUAUCUACGCAACCACGCACGUAACCCGGUUAACUUUGUCGGCGGACUCGAGGCUGCUCAAUCAGCUGGUGCGACUGACGCCAAGACUGUCUGGAUGGAGGUUGGACCUCACCCAGUUUGUUCAAACAUGGUCAAGGCUACUCUCGAUAUCGGUUCCAUCAUCGCUCCAUCUUUGCGCAGAACCGAGAGUGCAUACAAGACCAUAUCACACAGCUUGAGCACUAUGCAUACCGCAGGUCUCAAUGUUGACUGGAAUGAGUACCAUCGGGACUUUAACGACUCUGUCCAGCUCCUCGACCUUCCAACAUAUUCUUUCGAUGACAAGAAUUACUGGAUUCAGUAUGAGGGAGAUUGGUGUUUGACCAAGGGUGAUGUGGCCAGUAAGAUCACUCCUUUGUUGGAGGAUACGAAGCCGAAGCUCUCUACAACUUCCGUGCAGAAAGUUAUUAGCGAGUAUAUCAAAGAUGGAGUGGUUGUCAUCAGCGCUGAGUCCGAUUUGGCGGAACCCGGUCUCAGAGGUGUCGUCAGUGGACAUCCAGUCAAUGGAAGUCUACUUUGCCCGUCUUCACUAUACGCAGAUAUGGCCAUCACGGUUUCCGAAUACGCAUACAAGCUUGUUCGCCCAGAUGUUACCGAUCUGGGUAUCAAUAUCGCAAAUAUGAAGAAUCCCAAGCCUCUCAUCGCGCGACCGGAUGGAGCGAGCCAGGUUCUCAGCAUGAUUGCUACUGUGGACGUCAACACCAACAGAGCAGAUAUCGUCUUCUCAACAGGAGCUGGCAAGGACAAAGUCGAGCAUGGUAUUUGCGAAGUAUUCUUCGGUAACACCAAAGAAUACCUUGCCGAAUGGCAACGGACAGCCUAUCUCAUCCAAUCCCGCGUCGACUGGCUUCAAGAUGCCGAGAAGACUGGAAUUGCCCACAAGAUUGGUCGCGGUCUGGCAUACAAACUGUUUGCCGCUCUGGUUGACUACAAUCCACGUUACCGAGGCAUGGGAGAAGUUAUUCUCCACAGCGAAAAUUUCGAAGCUACCGCAAAAGUCAAUUUCCAGACCACUGCGAGCGAUGGUGAGUUCAAGUACAGUCCCUUCUGGAUCGAUUCUCUUGCACAUAUCUCUGGCUUUAUCGUCAACGGUUCCGAUGCCGUUGACUCUAAAGAGAAUGUCUACAUCUCCCACGGAUGGGAGUCGCUUAGAUUUGCCGAGCCUUUGUCACAAGAGAAGACCUACCGAUCGUAUGUCAGGAUGCAACCCCAAGAGGGCAAGGUCUUGGCAGGCGAUGUCUAUGUCUUUGAUGGAGACAGGAUCGUGGCGAUGGUCGGAUGCUUGAAGUUCCAAUGCAUUCCUCGCAAGGUACUGAACAUGUUCUUGCCUCCUGUGGGAGCAGCCAAGGCGAUCGCCGCACAGCCAUCUGCACCUGCAAAGGCCCCAGCAUCGAAGCCUUCCAAGUCGGCGCAAGUCACCUUGGCCAACAUUGCGACAGUCAACAAGAAGUUAGUCUCAGUGUGUACUCGCGUACUCGAGAUUCUAGCGGCAGAAGUCGGUGUUGGCAUGGAUGAGCUCGUGGAUAACAUUGGUUUCUCGGACCUGGGAGUUGAUUCAUUGAUGUCUCUGACGGUCAGCGGGAGAAUACGAGAGGAACUCGAGAUUGAGGUUCAUUCGCACGACUUCAACGACCACCCUACCAUCGGUUCCUUCAAGACGUUCCUCGGCAAGUUCGAGACGGGGGUACCUAGCUCCUCCUCAAGCGAUACACACAGUCAGACCUCGUACCUCGACAAGUCAACACCUGAUCUCGGGGACGACUCGAAUGUUACGACGCCUUUGGACGAUACCCCUGUUGAAGAGAACAAGGAUGAAGGCCUUGGCGACCUCAUCCGUGUCACCAUCGCAGAGGAGAUGGGCGUUGACAUUGAGGAAAUUGUAGACACGGUCGAUCUCUCCACUCUUGGAAUGGAUUCUCUGAUGAGCUUGUCGAUUCUAGGACGUCUCAGAGAGAAGACCGAUAUGUCCCUUCCUGCCGAUCUGCUCGUCGCCAAUCAGACCAUCCAAGAGAUCAAGAAGAGCUUGGGCAUUGGUGCACCAGUGAAGCCUGUCGUGUCUGUGUCUGUGUCCCUUUCAACGAAGACCGUCGUCGCUCACAACACCGUCAACGUCAUUCCGUCCCAACGCUUCGCUACUUCGGUACUUCUGCAGGGGAACUCGAGGAAAGCAAGCAAGACUUUGUGGAUGAUCCCUGACGGAGGCGGAUCUGCAACCUCUUACGUUGACAUUCCGGAUCUCUCACCCGAAGUCGCUGUCUUUGGACUCAAUUCUCCUUAUAUGAAGAAUCCUGAGGAGUACAAGUGCGGCGUUAUCGGCAUGGCCGAAGCCUUCAUCACGGAAAUGAAACGUCGUCAGCCAACUGGACCUUAUAUUCUCGCGGGGUGGAGUGCAGGAGGUGUCAUUGCCUUUGAAGCCGUCAACCAGCUCACCAAGAGCGGUGAGACGGUUGAGAAGCUCAUCCUCAUCGAUUCACCAUGUCCUGAUAUUAUCGAGCCUCUUCCGACUUCCCUGCACAGAUGGUUUGCCUCCAUUGGGCUUCUCGGCGACGGAGACUUCUCCAAGCUACCCGCGUGGCUGCUUCCCCACUUUGCCGCAUCAGUCAACGCUUUGUCGAACUACACGCCUGAAGUGAUCGACCCGAAGAAGAGCCCGCACGUGACAGCAAUCUGGUGCGAAGACGGAGUCUGCAAACUCCCCAGUGACCCUCGACCAGAUCCCUUCCCAUAUGGCCACGCCCAAUUCCUGCUUGACAAUCGUACCGAUUUCGGUCCGAAUCUAUGGGACAAAUAUUUGAAUUCCGAAAAGUUUGAUUGCAGGCACUUGCCCGGGAACCACUUUUCAAUGAUGAAGAAGCCUCACGUUGCCACGCUGGGUCACAUAAUCAGAGAGGCUCUCAACGCCUCAGUAUAA